AUGGACAAGUUUAAGGUUGCCGUCAUAGGGGCAGGUCCUACGGGCCUUGCAAUGCUAAAAACUUUGAAAGAAGAUGGGUUUUCUGCUACGCUGUACGAGCGUCGCAGCCAGGUCGCUACGCAAGCGAAUAUUAGCAAAUAUACGUGCGGUUUCUCAGACUUUCCGAUGCCAGACAAGUACCCGCAUCACAUGAACGUGUAUGAAUUUCAGGAGUACAUGGAAGACUACGCCCGGAAUUUUGACGGGCUCAAAGACUGCGUAUUCAACACGUCGGUGAAGGAAAUCCGUCGCAAUGCUGAUGACACUCGCUGGGUACUGGAGCUCGAGCAGGACGGCACUACCUCCUCCGUCGAGUACGACAAGGUCGCUGUAUGCAACGGAUACCAGACUACGGCCAAGGUCCCAAAAUUUGAAGGGCAGGAGCUUUUCGAAGGCAAGAUCAUACAUGCACAGCAAUUUAGAGAUCCCGAGCCGUUCAAAGAUAAGAAUGUCGUCGUCGUGGGGCUAUGUAGCUCUUCAGGCGACAUCAUUCCUACUUUGAUGCCUGUGGCCUCGAAAGUCUACGUCUCACAUCGCCGUGGUGCCGUCUUCGUCCGGCGUUUCCUUAACGGCACGCCCGCACAUCUCCCCCUUACUUGGCGUCGCCGUAACAUUGGCAUGUCGUUGCAGAGGUACCUUCCGAACCUUAUGCGUGUCUGUGGCGAUAUCGGGGUCAAGUAUAUAAGCAGGAGGAUGCUUGGCGGCAAGCCAGACCCAUCGUGGGGGUUCGAGCCGUUCCCAUCGCCCAGCUUGACGCUGCCGGGUGUGUGGGAGCGGGUACUGCCAUUUCUGCAGGACGGAAGCUUGACAUCUUUAAAGGGGAUCAAGCGAUUCACGGGGCCAAAGAGCAUCGAAUUUGCCGAUGGGACCGUGGUUGACGAUGUAGAUGCGGUGAUCCUGGCCACAGGUUACCAGGCGGACUUCUCGCUCCUCGGACCCGAUAUUGUUGAGCGAAGCAAACCUGGCUUAGAUUGGUAUCACGGCCCUGAGAUGUAUCGGCUGUGGAUGAACCUGUUCCCUCCAAAGUACGCCGACUCGCUCGCCGUCAUCAAUUACAGUGCCUUUGGCAAGGCCAACGGAUUCAGCUUCGCCGAAGUGACGGGCUUAGCGAUCUGCAAUGCGUGGCGAGGGGUCGAACCCUUUCCAUCGCUAGAGGCUAUGAACAAGCACGUCGACGAGCACCAGCGAUGGGUGGCCGGGCGCUGGCGCAUCGAGCCGAAUACUGACACGAGCGCUGUCAAGGUCUGGGAGUUCCAGGGCUGGCUUCAUCAGGCUGCUGGCACGGGCAUGGAAAACCUGGGCUGGGGUUGGAAAGGCUGGAAGUUUUGGUGGCAGGACCCCGAGAUGUAUAGACUGAUGAAUGAUGGUGUUGAGACGGCGCAUAUGUACCGGUAUUUCGAGACGGGCAAACGCAAGGCCUGGGAGGGUGCCAGAGAGGCCAUCAUCCAUGUCAAUGAUGUGGUGAAAACAACCUUCCCUCUCGAGGAGAAGAAAUAA